GACGGGUGUAUCACUGUCAUCUGGCAGCUGAUUUGAACGGAUUAUGAACGCAUUUGGACAACAGCCAUCUAAUCAGCAAUCAGGUCCAAUUCAGCACCACAGCGCUCAAGAACUCCUGGAUAUGGCUGUGUAUUGCGACAAUUUCGGCAUGUACCAGCAGAAUCUGCAUCACCACUCGCAGAGGCCACCUGCGCACACAACAAACUAUGGUAUUGGGGAGUAUAGUUCUCCAUCAACUAACCCCUACCUGUGGCUGAACGGUCCGGGUAUUAACUCUUCUCCCUACCUGUCGGGCACCAAUGGAACGUCCUACAUUCCGUCGGGAUAUGGAACAAAUCAGCGGCAGUUCUUGCCACCUCCCACGGGUUUUGGUGGAGCCGACCUCGGAUGGCUCUCCAUAUCCAGCCAGCAAGAACUUUUUAAGAUGGUCAGACCACCGUACUCCUACUCGGCCUUGAUUGCCAUGGCCAUUCAAAACGCGCCGGAUAAGAAACUGACACUCAGUCAAAUUUACCACUAUGUCGCUGAAAACUUCCCUUUUUAUAAAAAGAGCAAGGCGGGAUGGCAGAACUCGAUUCGACACAACCUGUCUUUGAAUGAUUGCUUCAAGAAAGUGGCACGGGAUGAGGAUGAUCCAGGUAAAGGGAACUACUGGACUCUGGACCCAAACUGUGAGAAGAUGUUCGAUAAUGGGAACUUCAGGAGAAAGAGGAAGAGGCGCGCUGAUGCCAACAACAGCGGCAGCAACUCGGUCAUGUCCGUUAAAUCUGAGGACACCGCGGCUUUGAAGCUCUCCGACACGGCCAGCAUCUUGAGCGCGUCGCCUCCGAGUCUCCAGAAUUCACCAAGCUCCAGCGACUCCAAGUCCUCGCCGUCACCCUCCAUCGAACACAGCCCCUGUUUCAACAGCUUCGUCUCCAACAUGAACUCAAUCAUGACCGGCAGCAACACCGGGAUCAGAGGAAGGGACUUCAACACAGGUCUUCUAGGAGAUUUGUCACAGGGCAGAGAGAGCAUGUCUGGACUUGGUUCUUACUCUCCAACUCAAAUAACUCCUCUGAACUCUGAUAGCAGUCCGCUCUCUGGUAACAGAAUGAACUAUUACACAGGACCAGUCUCUGGUAGUCUGAGCAAUCACCUCUCAAAUCAUUUCAGUGUCAACAAUUUGAUAUACAGCCGUGAGGGGACAGAAGUUUAGAUUUAUGGGUUUACAGCUUGUAGGCUAGUGUACUCUGUGAGUGCUAAUAAAAUCCACACUUCAUAAUAUAGGUCACUACUAGAUUUUACAACUGAGCCUUGCAUAUCUCCCCAUGUUGCACUGGAUGGGAGGGAUGUUUCUAAAAGGACAAUGCGGCAUUGGCUUAGAGAGUGUUCUUCGAAGUCAUCAUUUAGUUUUUGUAAAUUUAUUUUUUUAGCUUAGAAUGGAAAUGACAACUGUGCAUUUUCAUUUUUAAUAAAAUCCCCAUGUACAGACCCA